AUGGAUUCCAUUCAAUCUUUCAAGGGCUACGGGAAGGUCGAUCCUGUAGAAGAACAAGCAUUUCGCCGGAAAACCCGUAAGCGUCUCAUCAUCCUCAUCGUCUCUGUAGUCCUGCUCAUUGCUGUCAUCAUCGGAGCUGUUGCCGGCACCGUCAUUCACAACCGCAACGACAAUGGUAAAGAUGAAAAUGCUUCUUCUUCUCAGCUCUCCUCCGCCCAAUCCAUCAAGGCCGUUUGUAGCCAGACUCUGUAUCCUGAAUCUUGUUACUCUAGCAUCUCGGAGCUCGAUAAAUCCAACACCACCGAUCCCGAAGAUCUACUCAAGCUCUCUUUACAGGUCGUUUUCAACUCUCUGUCUGGUUUGUCUUCCUUGCCGGAAAGUUUGAUGAACGCAACCUCCGAUGAUACAGCGAAAGAGGCGUUGAAGGUGUGUAAGGUUGUGUUAGAUGAUGCCCUUGAUUAUCUCAGUGAUUCUAUCUCCUCCAUGGACGUGAAAUCCGGUGAUAAAUUGCUCAGCCUUAACAAAAUCGACGACCUGAAAACGUGGCUGAGCACAACUCUCACUAACCAAGAUACAUGUUUGGAUGCUCUGGAAGAAAUGAAUUCGACAUUUCUUGUAGAUGUCAAAUCUAAGAUGCAGAACUCCACCGAGUACGCCAGCAACAGUUUAGCUAUUGUCUCUAAGAUCUCGGGGAUAUUAGGGAAAUUCAAGAUUCCGAUCCACAGGAAACUGCUGGCAGAGAGAGAAUCUGAAUUUCCGGAAUGGGUGAGCCCUGUUGUCCGGAGGUUACUUCAAACGGGACGGCCGACUCCGAAUGUAACGGUGGCGCUAGACGGGACCGGAGAUGCUAAAACCAUUAAAGAGGCCAUGGGAAAGGUACCAAAGAAGAGCAAGACGAUGUUCGUAAUAUACAUCAAGGAAGGUGUGUAUAUGGAGAAUGUCGUUUUGGAUAAAUCGUUCUGGAACGUCAUGAUCUACGGCGACGGCAAGGAUAAGUCCAUCGUUUCCGCCAGCCUGAACUUCGUCGACGGCACCCCAACUUUUUCCACGGCCACUUUCGCUGUCGCCGGAAAAGGGUUUGUGGCAAUAGACAUGGGAUUCAAGAACACAGCUGGAGCAGCGAAGCAUCAAGCAGUGGCAUUGAGGUCUGGUUCAGAUUUCUCAGUGUUCUACAGAUGCUCAUUCGAUGCGUUUCAAGACACUCUUUAUUCCCAUUCCAAUCGUCAGUUCUAUCGUGAGUGUGAUGUCACCGGAACCAUCGACUUCAUCUUCGGAAACGCGGCGGUUGUCUACCAGAACUGCAAGAUUAUGCCACGCCAACCUUUACCAAACCAAUUCGUCACAAUCACAGCUCAGGGAAAGAAAGACCCUAAUCAAAACACGGGAAUUUCCAUCCAAAAAUGUGAUAUAUCGGCGUUUGACAAGCUCACGGCGGCGACAUACCUUGGAAGGCCAUGGAAGGACUACUCAACCACCGUAAUUAUGCAAUCCACCAUUGGAAGCUUUCUGAACCCGGUUGGCUGGAUUUCAUGGGUCCAAGGUGUUGACCCACCUGCAUCCAUAUUCUACGGCGAGUAUCUCAACACUGGUCCCGGCGCUGGCACUGCCCAACGGGUCAAUUGGACGGGAUAUAAGCCCAGUUUAACGAGCAGUGACGCCUCCAGAUUCACAGUGGCUUCGUUCAUCGAAGGUUCGAUGUGGUUGCCACAAACAAAUGUGGCGUUUGACUCAACAUAAUGAUCAUGAAAAAUGAGGAUCAAUCACAUAGACACGUUACACAUACUCGUUCGUCUUGUUAAUGGGUGUUUCCCGGUUUAUUUUAUUUUUUUACUACGAUAGUUUGUAAUACAUCAUCUUCUAACACGGUUACCAUGUUUGUAAUAUUGUUUUUGUUGUUAUACCUGCAAUUAUAU